AUGGCAAAACGUUUAUUCACGAAUCUUCAUGCAAAUAAAUCACUUUCAGCUGAUACUUACGACACUGGAGUUGGUUUCUGUGGAUGGAUGAUCAUUGCUAUCACAUGGCUUAUUUUCCUUUCAACAUUCCCGAUUUCUGUUUGCUUCUGCAUAAAAAUUGUUCAAGAAUAUGAAAGAGCCGUUAUAUUUCGAUUAGGUAGGCUAAUAGGCGGUGGAGCCAAGGGGCCUGGCAUAUUUUUCAUUUUGCCUUGCAUUGAAUCGUAUACUAAAGUGGAUCUGCGAACUGUAUCUUUCAAUGUUCCACCUCAAGAGAUCCUAACGAAGGAUUCAGUAACGGUAUCAGUGGAUGCAGUCGUUUAUUAUCGUAUUUGCAAUGCAACCGUAUCUGUGGCCAAUGUUGAGAAUGCGCAUCAUUCAACGAGGCUUCUCGCUCAAACCACUUUACGAAAUAUGCUUGGAAUCAAAAAUUUGGCUGAAAUUCUAUCAGAUCGCGAUGCAAUUGCCAUGUCUAUGCAGACAUUAUUGGACGAUGCGACUGAAAGUUGGGGGAUUAAAGUCGAGCGAGUUGAAAUAAAAGACGUUCGACUUCCUGUGCAGUUACAAAGAGCCAUGGCUGCUGAAGCCGAAGCAACACGUGAAGCUCGAGCUAAGGUAAUUGCUGCUGAAGGUGAACAAAAAGCGUCGAGGUCUCUUCAAGAAGCCGCUAUAAUUAUUUCAGAAUCACCAGCUGCCCUACAGUUGCGUUAUUUACAAACACUAAGUAGUGUUGCGGCAGAAAAAAAUUCGACAGUGAUAUUUCCAUUACCAGUUGAACUUAUAAGACAUUUCAUUCGAUAA